CAAUAACCAAGCGUCUGGUUGAUUAGGAAGAAAAAGCAAGUUUGAAUUCGACGAGCGGUAACAAAAUAUAAAUAGAAAUCAAAAUAAUAGAAUGUCGAGCUGUUGAAUUAUUUUGACUCUAAGUAUAACUGAUAAUGCUGUGGACUGACCCUUGCUAAUCAAGAUGGAGACGACUGAUUCGUUACUGAAGAGUGUUAUAGCAGCGGAGACACAAUAUUGUUCCAGUAAGAUUGAACGCAACUUGGUCUUCUUACAAAGACAGAUUGAUGUUCUUAUCAGCAAGACAAGUCGUGGAUGUUCUUUAAAGUUUUUUAAUCCGUCUGAGGUACUAGCAGCAGAUUGUAUAGCAUGUCUUGUGAAUCUGAUGUCAGACUCCGCUACCAAGCCUUCACUUAUUCUCAAGUGUAUUCUUCUCUUUAACAACCUUGUGACUGACAACCACAUACGUGAAUGUUUACAUGAGAAGUUCCAGUUGACUCCGGCCCUGGUAGGUGUGGUUGUGAAUCAUGGUGUAUCAACUAGUGAUACACUUACUGCAGAGGGUAUGCAGUUACUACAGAAGGUGACAUAUGGACAUAGGAUCAGUUUUCAGGAGCCUUACAUGGAAGAUCUAGUUAGGUUUUUAUUGAGGAAUGUUGUAUCACCAGCAACAGGUCUGACACUGCCUGCUAUGGGAAUAUUGGUGAACCUGACAAGAGAUAACUUCUCUGUACAAUCGUACAUCAAAAAUAAUGAAAACAUGAAGGAGUUUGCAAGAACUUUGAUCAAGCUGCUGGGUGACCAGGCACAAAAUGCAUUACUGUUUUCUCUCACACUUCUUCUGAAUGUCUGUCCACUAGAGAAAAUGGCUGCAAAGUUUUACAAUGAUACAAAUGUACCACAGACAUUCCAGAUGGUUUUUAACGUGUUAAUUGAUGGACAAUCAGGGGAUACAAGGAGAUAUGCUGUUGAUCUGUUCAAGGAUAUCCUCAAACUUGAACGACUUCAGAAGAGUUUAGCAAAUUACGAGUACCUGGGAACCUGCAUAGAGCAGACUUUAAAUCUACUUUGUACAAGCUCCCAUGAGUCGGUUAUAAAGGUAUUUGAGUUUCUACAGAUAUUAUGUGGUGUGAAAGGUGUUCGCAGGGUUGUAUGUAAGGCCAUGUUUGCUACAUUCCACAUACAGGAUCCGUCCCUGUUUGCUAGUCUUGCCCAAACACCUUUGAGCAGAAUAGCUGAUCCACUUCUUGCCACUAUUCAUUGGGCAGGUCAGUCAACAGACACCCAGGGGCUGGCCCCACUGGGUGCCUAUGAUCUCCUUAUAGAGAUUUAUGAAGAACAGAUCUUCUCACACAGUAAGAUGCACUACGAUAAACACGUGGCAGCCAUAUUGCCGACUGCUCUCCACACACUGGAGACUCCAUUAGAGGGAGAUAAUCUGACUAUAGAAAGAAGAUGUACAGCAUUAGUGAGAUGUGUCAAACUACUUUUGACAUUUUGUUCGGAUGACACACUUCUCACACUGAUAUCUAAACAGACGGACGCUAACUUGUUGUCAAAGCUGCUUUUCUUCCAGUUUGAUCAUAACACUAAGGUGAUGACAUAUGAUGUUACCCCACCCUUGGAUGAUUGGAGUGAUGUAGGGGUAGAGUUGGUGCUUUACCUUUUAGAUCUGAUUGCUAAACUCAAGAUUGAAGUCUUAGAGGAUCUAUUUAUAACCACAAUGCAGGAGACAAAAGUAGUGCCUUUCCUUGCCUGUGGAUUAUGUAGCACCAACCGUGAAAGAGUACAGGAUACAUUGAAUUUGAUACAAAUGUGCAGCAAACUUGAGGGCUUUCCAGUAAUGAUACUUGGUGAUGUACUAGCCAGUCAGAAUACUGCAAGAAUGAAAAAACAAAAGGUCCCAUUAACGUAUGACUCUCCACACAGAUACCCAAAUAAGCGGAUACAUUUAGAAGAUAAAGAAAACAUACCUGUGAUGUACAUGAAAGAAAAUGUGUCUUGUAAAAAUACUAGUGUCUCAGAUAACUCGGAUGCAGAGUCCAUCCACUCUCUGAUUGAAAAAAUGAAUACUGGACUUGGUUUGAAGGAUUGUAAAGAGUCGGAGAUUGUUGCAGUUUAUGAGAGGUCGUUACAAGCAAUGCAAACAAAAGAACAACACUUGCAAGAUUUACUAGAUGCAAAAACAUUGUCGCUAACCCAAGCUGAUAGAAUGCUGUCUCAGUAUAGGGCCAGGAAAGGACAGGAUGAAGCUGAGUGUAAUCGGUUUCGGAGUCUGCUCAUCCAAGCGGAGAAGAAAUGUAAAAGUUUGGAGGGCGACACCUCAGACAUGAGAAGCAAACUGGAAAGAUGUUCAAAGGAGAUAGAGGAUUUACACACUGAAAAUCAAAAAUUACGUCAGGUAGCACAGAUGCAUCAGCAGCUUACAACAGCCCAUACAGAACUCACUGAAAAGUAUGAGAGUGGACAGAAGGCACUGCUUACAUUAAGACAGGAACACCAGUCUCUCUCUGAGAUGCAUGAAAUGUUACAGAAACAUAACACAAAUCUUAAACACCAAUUUGACAAUACAAUGGAACAGUUGACAACCUUGCAAGACGAGAGAAGAAAAGUUAUGACACAACUCAAAACUGCUGAGACCAAACUGGAAGAUACAAAGAAAGCAUCACUGAAAUGGGAAUAUGAUUACAAGAAGUCGGAAGAGGAAAGGGAGGUUAUGGAGACCUCCAUAGAAACACUGCGGAGCUCCAUGGCAAAAUCUGAAGCCAAGAAGAAACAGCUGCAAGACCAGGUAUCACAGCUUGAGUUUGCUUGUAAUCAACAUGAACAAACAAUUGCUAAUUAUGAGACAGAAAUCAACGAUCUGAAAAGUGAAAUUGCAAAACAUCGACAAAUCACGGCCCUGAUUAACAGUCUCAGUAGUGGCAAUGCAUCAGACACUAGUGGUGCGCCUAAUGCGCCUUAAAUAUACAGGACUGGAUAGUGUGUUUUUACUAAUGACAUUAUCAAAGCAUUUAAAUUUUGACUGCAAGUGCUGAAAAUUCUGUUUAUUCUGUCAGCCCUAGUGAUUGAACAAGAUUUCACCAAGGUCACAAACAUACACAGAAAACCUGCAUCACUGACAAGAUUGGCAUCUUUGUGCACUGUAUCACCUGUGAUAACUAACUGAAAAUAUAAUCCUGACUGAAACAGGGCUUGACAAACCCACUCAGCUGCUUGUAAAUGCAAGUAAAAAUUAGCUCCAAGUGAGCUAGCUAAAAAAUUUCAGCUCAGAGAUGUUUAUAUGCUGUUACGGAUCUCUGAGCUGAAACGAAUCCCAUACUGAAACCUAACCAGGAAUCGUGCCAGAAGUCUGUCACGCUAUAAUUUCAUCAAAUGAAAUGCAAUGGACUCACCUUUUACUUUAAAAUAUUUCUAAUCCAUUUUUCUUUUGAUCUGGCAUAAAAUAAUCAAUGCAACAUAAUUUGAACAAAAGUUAUACACACAAGUUUCAAAUGGGUACCCCUGUCUGCAAUAUUUUGUCUGCCAUGGCAGUUGUCACCUGAUCAGGGUACUCUUCAUUUUGAAAACCAAUAGGCGGAAUAGAAUCGUUAUUUAUUGACCUUUUCUGAGAAAUUAAACCUUCUAAGGUAUAUUUUUAUGAAUUUUAUAAAAAAUGGUUAUGUUUAAGAUUAAAUUAAAUUCGUAAGUAGGUAAAAGUUUGAUCUUGAUCUUCAAAAAUAACCACGUGCUCUGAACUGUUGCAUGACGUCAUCAGUUUCUCAAGAGAGACUGUGCGAGAUGUUUCGGUUUGAUACUGGUUAGAUAACCAAAUGGGGUUUCGCCAUAACUUAAUGGACGCGACCAUCCGAAAAUAAAAACAGUGUCAGUUUAGUUAUGGUAGCCAGAACUACAAGUGAGCGGGACCUGCUAUAGUGUGCAUCCUAAAGAACAGUGUGAUUUUUGACUUAAAAUCCAAUAAUUCUGAUCAAUUGAAAAUGAAGGAUGAUUUAAUGUUCACAGAUCUUAAAUAUGUCCUGUUCAUGACUGUACUGCAUUAUUAUCAGAUAAGCUAGAAACCAGAUAAGGGACCUCCAUGGCCAAGUGGUUGAGGUCACUGACUUUGAAUCACUUGCUUCUCACCGAUGUUGGUUCGAGCCUCACUCAGGGCAUUGAAUUCUGCAUGUGAGGGAGUCAUUCAGCUGACUUACAGAAGGUCUUUGGUUCUACCCAGGUGCCCGCUCGUGAUGAAAUAAUGCACAGAGGGGUACCUGGCGUCUUUCUCCACUACGAAAAGCUGGAAUGUUGCCAUGUGACCCAUAAUUGUGUCGGUGGGAUGUUAAACCCAACCAAAAAUGUAAGAAGACCAGACUUUAAGAUACUUGAUAAAAAUCAUUCUUCCUCAGUGAACCCUGCAAGUACAAAUAAAAUACAAAAUAAAGAAGUACAAAUUGCAACAGGACAAGUGACAAUUCUAGACAACUUGUCCUGCAGGAAGACUUGCUUACAAAGAAUUUGUCGAGCCCUGUGAGAUUAUUGUUUAUUCUGAAGUUAGACUUUGAUAUUAGAACUGUAUUUUUCAUGUUUGCUGCAUGUAUACUGUAGACUACUUGUAUUUUAAUGAAAAUUUGCUUAAGUGUAGAUGUUUUACAAGAAAAGACUAAUUUGUCAGUAGUAUAUGUUACUAAGAAACUAACAAGUUACAGUCAAACUUCGUUAACUCAAACUCGGAUAAUUCAUACACCACCCUUCUCUCAGACUCGUUGUCAGUUCCCGGAAAAAUCCCUGAAAAAUGAAUUUUUUCGAUCACUCGAACAAAUUUGCUGGUCCCGUCAAGUUCGAGUUAAAGAAGUUCAACUGUAUGUGAAAUUCGGUGUCAAGCAGUCUAAAGUGAGUGUAUAUCAAAAUCCCCUUGAUCAAAAUCCCCUCCACUGAAAAGUGACUGGGUGUUACAAAAUCCCCUUCUUACUUUCGCAGGGGGUAUCAUAAUCCCCUCUGUGAUUAACAUUAUAGAUAUAUAGAUAUCAGUGCUCCAAAUUAUAUUAUGUUUGCUAAAGGCAUUGUAUUUACGUGCUUAAUGCAAUAUAGUUGUAUUUGAACUUAAUGAAAUAAGUAAAAUUCACAGAGGGGAUUAUGAUACCCCCUGCAAAAGUAUGAAGGGGAUUUUGUAACACCCUGUCGUUUUUCAGUGUUGGGGAUUUUGAUCAAGGGGAUUUUGAUUGUCUCCCGUCAAAAGUCUAUGUCUAUAAUUUCAGACAAAGAACACUGAUGUAUAUGGAUACUGAAACUGACUUAUUUAUUUUGAGCUUUAAACUUUCUUACCUGUUGCAUUUCAUAUAAAAUGUAUAGAUAGUGUGUAGAACAGUUCAUUUAAUCUAGAUGUUAUUCUCAACAAAAAACUUACUAACCUUUCUUCCUUCUCUCAACUUUCUCUCAGAUCUUACUUUUGUCUUCAUUUAUCUUCAUGCACACUUCAUAAUUUGUUGGGAAUUAAUACAUUUAUUUUUAUAUUAUCUAUGUUUAGAAGUGGAACAAUCUUGUUUGGAAAUACAUGUAAAAAAAAGCUUUUGAAAUGAAAUAUCUUUUCAUAAAAACACAAAUAGCUGUACAAGAUCUUCUGUGACCCUGUGGUGUGAAAUGACACAGUAAUCAUAAAAUAUACAUUCACAACAGAACAUGUUUGAUGCUGUGUUUAAAAGAAUUACCAUUAGCCUGCUAGCAGCAAGUGAUUCUGCCUUUGCAACCAGUGUAGACCAAGAUCAUGCAGCCUCAUACAUGCCAUAUUUUCAGACGGUCAGUAAGGGAGAUUUGCCUCAACAGGGCUUUUUUUAAGGGAGAUUUGGGUAAAAAUAAGGGAGACUUUUAUUCGCUCAUUUUUACGCGCUAAAUAGCCAUUUUCAUGAAAAAAUAUCAAGUUUUCUAUAUUUAAUUGAUGAGGGGAGCCAACAGUUGUGUAAAGAAUGCAUGAUUAUUACUUACAGCACUUUAAUUAAUCAAAGGAAAUUCAGAAUUUCAUAAAAGAUUGAACCAGGAACUUUGUUUUUGCUUUAUGUGUUGAUGCUUCUGCAUCUGGAGAGAGUGAUCUUUUUGACAUGUUUAAGCAUACAAUACUCAAAAGAUUGCAGACAUAUCGUGUCCAAACAGUCUUUUAAGGGCAGUCAUUUCUUUUCAGAAAUGAAACUGCUGAAACAAAAAUGAAAGUCGUUCUAUUGCUGGAUUGUCCAUAUUCGUUAUUCAGUCAGUAAAUUUUCAGUAAACUCGCCUUCGAAUAAUAAAUGAUAUUGCCCAAAUGGAAUGAUGGACGAGUCCAUUUUAGAAAUUUAGCAGGGUAAGGGUUAAUGAAUAUCCUUGCCAAAAAGAUAUGUUGAAGGACUGAUCCAGUUCCAUAUUUUUUGUUAGCUUAUUUACUGUUAGGAUUUGCAAUCUUAUUUUGAUUAUAUAUAAAUGUUAACUUAUUGUCAUAUAACACUGCUCUUAGUAAUCAAACUUGUGUUUUUAAUCAA